UGCUGCUGCUUAACCCUCCUUAACCCUUAGGAAGUAGAUCUGAAAUCUACCGCUAUCUCCCUCUUCUGAUAGAAAGACAGAUUACAGACAGAGAAACCCCAUAAAGACAAAGAGAAAGGGAAAGAGAAAGAUACUCAGAGAGAGAGAGAGAGAGAGAGAGAGAGAGUAGUGUGUGUGUUUUACUGGUAAAUACCUUUACCAAGCCCGCUUGAUAUAUUUCAAAACCCUACUGAGUCCCAACCACAGAGAGAGGGGUGCCUCCACUCUCUCAUUUUGCUUUGCUUUGUUUUGCUUCUCUGUUAGAAGUGGAAACCCAAAACCAGAAACCCCAGAAAAAAAAAAUGGAUCCUUUUGAAGCCACAAACAUUGUGUUGUCAAAGAUAAAAUUUUUAGAGCCAGAGAAUGCCUCAAAAAUCAUGGGUUACCUUCUCAUACAGGACCUUGGGGAGAACGACUUGAUACGCCUGGCCUUUGGGUCGGAGGCGUAUCUGCGCGCUCUCAUCCUCAAAGCCAAAACCCACUUGGGGAUUUCCUCAAACAUAUCGUCCACGGCCUCCACACCUUCCUCUCCUUCGCCUCUUAACCCCAUAGCUAGACCAACAAGCGCCAACCCAUUUUCCCACUCCUCCCCGAGACUGCCAAACGGCUUUGACUUUUCGAAAAACCCAUCUUCUCCUUCCUUAAAUUCCUGGGCAGUUUCUGGGUUCCCGGGCAACCCCAUUAGCCCAAAAUCAAGCCCUUUGCUCUCCUACGAUAAUAUUCGGGCUGGCUCCCUUCCUUUACGUUCGUUCCCACAGCACAAAAAUGGUUUUGAGAGUGGUAGUGGCACUAACUCUGACCUCCUGGAUGAGCACCAUAUCAGCGAGUACCUCUCUUUCCUCAACGAAUCGUCGUCUUCAUCCAAAAACGAAGAUUUUCUCGCUCCAAUGCUCGAAUUGGGUCAUGGAGGACACAAUUGGGCACAUUCUGGCAACAAUGGGGACACCCAUUUUCACAGAAGGAGCUAUUCGGAGAAUGACGUGUGUUUCGGGUCGGAAGAGGCCGGUUUGGGAACUGGGUACAAGCCCUGCCUUUACUUUGCCAGAGGGUUUUGCAAGAAUGGCAGCAAUUGCAAGUUUGUCCACGGUGGGUUUGCUGAUUCGGUGGAUGGUCCUCAUGGUCCCAUUGUGGGUUCCCCGAGUAAGCUGGAGGAGUUGGAACUGCACGAGGAGAUGAUGAGAUUGAAGGCUGCACAGCAGCAAAGAUUGGCUUCGCAGCAGUUCAUGGCUGGGCCGUCACCGUCAGCGUACAACAAGUACAUGAAUUUUCUCCUGCAGCAGCAAAAUGACCCCCAGAGAGCGGCAGCAGCGGCGGCAGCAUUCAUGAUGGGGGAAGAUUUGUACAAGUUUGGCCGUUGCCGACCGGAAAGGAAUGACUUUUUGGCUAUGGCAUCGGCAGAAAAGGUGAACUCCGCUUCGAGGCAGAUCUACUUGACCUUUCCAGCUGACAGUACUUUUAAAGAUGAAGACGUUUCCGAGUACUUCAGCAAUUUUGGACCAGUCCAAGAUGUGAGGAUUCCUUACCAGCAGAAGCGAAUGUUUGGAUUUGUUACAUUUGUGUACCCUGAAACUGUGAAGCUCAUUUUGGCCAAAGGGAAUCCUCAUUUUAUUUGUGAUUCACGUGUGCUUGUCAAGCCCUACAAGGAGAAGGGAAAAGUUCCGGAUAAGAGGCAACAACAUCAACAACAACAGCAACUAGAGAGGGGAGAGUUUUCACCUUGUUUGAGCCCCUCUGGGCUUGACUCCAGAGAACCCUAUGACCACCUUGGAGCAAGAAUGUUAUAUAAUACACAAGAGAUGUUAUUGAGGAGAAAAUUAGAGGACCAGGCUGAACUGCAGCAAGCCAUUGAACUCCAAGGAAGAAGACUGAUGAAUCUGCAACUUCCAGACUUGGAUGAACGUAUACACCAUCACCAGCGCAGUCUAUCUGUUGGUUCUCAUGUUCCCUUAACCUCUCUGCCUCAUGCUCACAUCAAUCAAAAUGUUAUCCUUCCAUCUGAUAGCAUCAAUGAAGAAGUUGCUGAAGGUCACAGUGGCAAUCCUGCUGCAGCUGCUGAGCAUCUGCUUCAGCAGGAAGUGAAUCCAGCUUGUAUUCACAACAAUGGCAGUGCCAACAGCAAAGAGGAAAGCUUCCAUGUUGAAGAGUAUGAUCUCCCAAAAAGUCUAGAGCAGGUCCUUCCUGAUAGCCUUUUGCCUUCUCCUACAAAAUCAGCUGGAGAUAAUCUCUCUGGUUUCUCUGCUGCGAUGUUGGAGGUUAAUGAGAACUCUGCAUUCUCAAUUUCUCAAUCUUCUGAUGAAAUUAUCUUAUCACUGCCCAGUACUUUUGUCAGUGACAAAGCUUCUCAAUAAUUUCUAAAUGCCAAGGUGCUUCUCACUAAAAACUCCUUUAUCUCCUGCUAUAGCCAUAAGAGUGUAGGGUAGUUGAUUCAAGUGGAGAUUUACAUUUUCUUCCUUAGGUUUUAUAUUGGCAUGAAGCUUUUUGCAAUGCAGGUUCUGUAAUAAGGGUGAGCAUGGCAGCAGGGAUUGACUUCGCUAGGUAGAGAAGCGUAUAAGGGAAGAAAAAAAUCCUCAAAAUGUAUAGGAGAAUUAUACCUACUUCAAAGAGUAGAUCCAUAGAGAAGAUCUCAACGAGGUCGUCAUCAUCGUCGUCGGCAAUACAUACUACUAACAGCAAAUACAUAUUCUCAUACAUUAGGACAGAUGAAUUACUUGUGAGUAGAUUAGGGUGUUUCGCUUUUCUACUUUUGUACACUCCCUGUAGGUGUGUUUCUGGACCACAGACUAGAGCAGAACAAAGGAUUUGUAAUUUCUAUUAGUGUCAUCUACACCUUUUCUUUCUUUUUGCCAUCUUUUUCUUGUGAGAUAAGUUUUUAAUAUAAUUGAAAUUUCUGGAA